ACAAAUAUAAAUUGCUCGUGCCGACGUCGCCGCCUUUGUUGGCUCCAAAAAAAAAAAAAAAGAAAAAAAACAACCAAAAAUUAACAAUAAUACAAAAAACAGCAACAAAUAACAAUAAAAAAAACAAUCAACAAUGGUUUUCUAAUUUUAAACAAUAUACUUGUCACGUUAAUAAUUAUAAACAAAUGUUUUUAUUAUAAACAUUAAAUAGAAAAAAAUAAAAAAACACUCAAGCUAUUUACUCCAAAUAAGUGACAGCUCUAGACAGCUCAGUACAUUCAACUGGUACAUGAAAUUAAUUAUAGAUGAAUGUAUUUUUUUAUUGAUACUAAAUAAUAAUAAUACUACACAAUAACAAAUGGUGUGUAAAAAAUAUCAAUUGAUAUUAAAAAAAAAUUGAUGAUAAUAAUUAAAACAGAAGCCACAAAAUAGUUGACUCAUAUCAUUGGAAUUAAUUAUUAUUAUUAUAUCAAAUAAUCGUCAUAGUAUAUUUUUUAUUUUGAAUAUCAUUGCUGCUACGUCGAUAAAUUAAAAAAAAGAAAAUGGAAGGACAACAGGUAACAGCUGUUUAUGAUUUUUCUGGUGAGCCAGGAACAGCUGAAUUGUCAAUAACUGCUGGUGAGAUAUUGACUGUAUCACGUGAUAAUGUUGGUGAUGGUUGGUGUGAAGGUUACAAUCAGUCUGGUAGCUCAGGGCUAUUUCCAGCUGCGUAUGUCCAACUUUGUGAUAAUCAACAACAAAUAAAUACAGCAGCAACAUCAUCAAUUGUACAUACACAAACAGCAGCAGCAGCAACAGCAACAACAUCAUCAUCAAUUGUACAAAGUAGUAGUACUGAUUAUUGGGAUGAUGAUUGGGAUGAUGACUCUGAAAUUGGACAAACACAAGCAUAUGUACCAAAAAAUUAUGCUACAACAAUAGCAUCAAAUACUGGAUAUAAUAAUAAUAAUGAUUAUUCAGAUAAUAUGUCUGUUGCAAGUCAUUCAAUAGCACCAGAUAGAAAUAUACCAAAUAUACCAAAGAAAGAUAAAAAAUUUUCAACACUAAUUAAAUCUGGUGAGGAUAGUUUUUUACUUGGUGUUAAAACAAUAAUUGUACCAGAUUAUGAUAAAAUAUUUAUUGAAGAACAUGAAGAUGGUAGAUAUUCAUGGUUAUCAACUGGUGAAAAUUAUAAAUGUGUUGUAACAUCACCUAAAAAAGAAUCGAAAUUAAAAGGUUUAAAAAGUUUUAUUGUUUAUCAACUAACAUCAACAUUUAAUAAUAUACAAGUAUCACGUAGAUAUAAACAUUUCGAUUGGUUACAUGAUAGAUUAGAAGAAAAAUAUUGUUUUAUUGCAAUACCACCAUUACCAGAUAAACAAAUAUCUGGUAGAUAUGAAGAACAAUUUAUUGAACAUCGUAGAACACAGCUACAAGAAUUUGUUGAUUAUGUUUGUCGACAUCCAGUACUAUCAAAAAGUCGUGUUUGGGAACAUUUUAUAACAUGUACUGAUGAAAAACGUUGGAAAGCUGGUAAAAGAUUAGCUGAAAAAGAUGAAUUACUUGGUUUUAAUUAUUUUAAUGCUGUACAAUGUUCAGAUACACAAAUUGAUGUUAUUAAAACUGAAAUACAAAUUGAUACAUUUACAAAAUUUAUAAAUGGACUUGAUCCAGUUGUUAAAAGUUUCAUGGCAAUGGCUAUGGAUCAAGGUAAAAAACAUCAAAGUUUAUAUAAACGUGAGUAUCAAAAAAUUGGACAAUCAUUUACAUUAUUGGGACAUGCACUUGAGGGUGAUGCAUGUAGUAGAAAUCAAUUGACAUUGGCAUUGAAACUGACUGGUGAUGCUUACAAUGACAUUGGUAAAUUAUAUGAUGAACAACCAAAAUAUGAUUGGGAACCAUUGGCACAUAAAUUUCAUAUUUAUCGUGGUAUCAUUGGUGCAUUUCCAGAUAUUAUUAAUAUACAUAAAAGUGCUGUACAAAAAAAAAAAGAUUGUGAACGUUUAGUUACUGAACAUAAAAUGGAAUUACAACAACAUCGUGAAUUAUCAAAACGUACUGAUAUUAUUGCACGUGCAUUAAUUGCUGAAGAAUCAUAUUUUCAAACUGAAAGAGAAAUGCAUAUUAAACCAAUGAUGCAAAAUCAUUUACGUGAACAAAUUAUUUUUUAUCAAAAUAUUGUUACUAAAUUGCAAGAAGCAUUGGCAGCAUAUGAUGCAUAAACGAAACAAAAAUUUACUAUAAACAUCUUUUUAUAUAAACAAUAUAUUAACAUUUAUUUUUCUGUAAAAAAAAAAAAUGUCUAUUAUUUUUUUUAAAUGUGCAAGCACACAAUACAUAUACACACUCCAAAAAAAAAAAAAAAAAUUUCCAGAAUGAGUAUUAUGAUGAUGAUGAUGAUGAUGAUGUCAAUUAACAUAAUGCAUAAAAAAAAAAUGAUGAUUUUAUAAAUGUUUUUAUCACUCCUAAAAAUUGUAUAUAUAAAAAAUAUUUUAUUACUAAUUAAUUAACCCACAUAUACACACACACACAUACACAUGUAGCAAUGAUGAAUUUUAAAAAUAAAAAAAAAUUAUUAUUUUUA